AUGUCUGAUAUCAACAAAAGAGAAUUCACCGAGCUUGCUCUUGAUGGUGGUAACUAUUUAACUUGGGCUUUGGAUGUUGAAAUAUACCUCGCCUCAUGUGAUUUGAGUGACGCUAUAGUUCCAGAUUCUUCAUGUAGCUCCGCCCAGAAGGCGAAAGCUUUGAUUUUCUUGCGUCAUCAUUUGAAUAAGGACUUAAAAAAUGAGUACCUUACUGAAAAGGACCCUGUUGUACUAUGGCAAUCCCUGAAGGAUCACUUUGAUCAACAAAAGGCCAUUAUUCUCCCUCAGGCACAAUAUGAUUGGCUGAAUUUACGCUUUCAGGAUUUCAAGUCCGUGAUUGAGUACAAUUCUACCUUACAUCGUAUUGUGUCACAGCUGAAACUCUGUAAGCAAGAAGUUACAGAGAUUGAUUUGAUAGAGAAGACUCUAUCUACUUUUCAUGCCAGUAACCUUGUACUCCAGCAGCAGUACAGAGCCAAGAAUUAUACUAGGCAUUCAGAACUCAUUUCUGCUUUACUUGUAGCAGAGAAACAUAAUCAGCUUUUGAUGAGAAACCACAAUGCAAGACCAGUUGGUUCACAAGCAGUGCCUGAAGCACAUGCUACCACUUAUAGAGGUGGUCGAGGGAGAGGCCGAGGAAAAGCGAAUUGGUCAUAA